AUGUUCCUGGAGGGCUGUAAGAAUCUUACCAGGUUUUCUCGUUUUGCAGUUGGCCCAAAGCUUUUCCAGUAUGUCAUAAAAGUCAUCGUGCAGGCAGUACAGUUAUUGUACACAAUGCUGAAAAUAGAUCAGCCAUCCUAUAUUCUUCUUCAGAAUCCUCCAGGCUUACCCAGUAUAGCUGUUGCCUGGGUAGCCUGUCUUUUCUGGAAAAGCAAACUGAUAAUUGACUGGCACAACUAUGGAUACACUAUCAUGAGUCUGAGUCAUGGAAGAAAUCACCCCCUGGUACAAAUUGCAAAAUGGUAUGAAAGGCUUUUUGGGCGUUUGUCUGACUAUAACUUGUGUGUCACCAACGCCAUGAAGGAAGAUCUGUGGGUGAAUUGCAACAUCAAGGCAGUAACACUGUAUGACAGACCAGCUGCUUAUUUUAAGGAAACACCAUUAGAGCUUCAGCAUCAGUUGUACAUGAAACUUGCCAAAGACUAUGAGCCUUUUAAACCACGUGCAGAGCCUGGCAGUGGGAAUGCUGAGAGAUCUGCCUUCACAGAAAUGGAGGGGAAAAAUGGGCAUGUGGUAAAACCCCCAGGACGACCUGCCCUUCUGAUCAGCAGCACAAGCUGGACAGAGGAUGAAGAUUUUUCAGUCCUUUUAAAAGCUUUGGAAGAUUAUGAGCAGUAUGUCAAGGAGGGAGCCAGGCUUCCACCCCUGGUGUGUGUGAUCACAGGUAACAUUUGGAAACCUCUCAAAGAGUACUACAAGGGACUGAUAAAUCAGCUGCACUUUAAACAUAUCCAGAUCUGCACCCCAUGGCUGGAAGCUGAGGAUUACCCUCUUCUGCUUGGCUCAGCAGACCUGGGGGUGUGUCUCCACAAGUCCUCCAGUGGUUUGGAUUUGCCCAUGAAGGUGGUGGAUAUGUUUGGCUGCUGUUUGCCUGUGUGUGCAAUACAUUUUGAGUGUUUACAUGAGCUGGUGAAACACAACGAAAAUGGCCUGAUAUUCAGGGACUCAAGUGAACUUGCAGAACAGCUCAAGAUGCUCUUCCUGGGAUUUCCUACACUGGAAAGCAAACUUCACAGCUUCAGAAGAAACCUCCGUGCAUCCCAGCAGCUGCGCUGGGAUGAGAGCUGGGACCAGACUGUGCUUCCUUUGCUUGGACAGAAUGAGUGA